AUGAACUCUUCAGUCGACUCUUUGAUAAUUCAAUUAAAUUCCAUUCAAACAUCGUUAACUCGUUAUGUAAUGAUUCCGAUAUACAUAUUUGGCACAUUCGCAAAUCUUGCAAAUCUCAUUCUCUUUUCUCAACGUAUAUUUCGUUCAGCAAAUGCAUGUUCUUAUUAUUUUAUUGGAUUAUCUAUUGCCAAUUUAAUCUUUAUUGACAUCGGUGGUUUAGCUCGAAGUUUACUUGCCUUAGCAAAUCUUAAUUUAGAAAUCACAUCGAUUGUAUUUUGUAAAUGGCGACUCUAUUUUGCUAAUUUUGGUUUGUUACUUAAUCGAGUUUUUGUUUGUUUGAUCUCAAUUGAUCGAUGGAUGGUCACAUCAGCAAAUGAGUCAAUUCGACGACGAAGUUCUCCUCAAAAUGCACGACGUGUGGCGAUCGUUGUAACAUGUCUCACGGUGAUCUUCAGUUUACAUGCUGCGAUUGGUUUUGAUAUCAAAAUGAAUCGAUGUUAUGCGUUGUUGAACAUCACUUAUGGUGUUUUCUUUAGUAUUUAUAAUGUACUGAGUGUCAUUAUACCGUUAUUGAUAAUGAUUUUCAGUAGUUUAUUGAUUCUUGUGAAUAUUCGUCGAAGUCGACGUCGAAUUCAAACCGAAUCAAUAGUUUCAAAUGUUUUACAACCUAAACAAAUGAAACCGAAUCAAUCGAUGGAUAUGCAAUUUCUUCGAUUAAUUUUAGUUCAAAGUUUGACAUUUGCAAUCUUAAAUCUUGCUUUUGUUGGUUAUGUUCUUUAUGAUUUCAUCACAAAUAAACAAGUGAAAAGUUCAAAUCAACAAGCUAUUGAAGUUUUUGUUUAUGGAGUUACGAUUCAUCCGCUUUAUCUCUUCAGUGCAGUAAGAAAUUCUUAA